UGUUCCUCGACAUGAAGCGGGAAGAGGCCGAAUUUGGGCCCAAUAAUGGAUCCUUCCCACGGCGCUAGUGAGAAGGAAUACCACUUUUAAUUCAGAUUUCUUUCAUGGUGAAUUGGGAUUAGCCGCUUGUUGGAGAAUUGCAUUUGGAGGUUGAGGGAACCUCUACCCCAGUAUCUGGAGAUCUCCGCUGCAGGGUGGAGACAACAAUGUCAUCACCUGUGUUGCUUGGUGGACAAGUGGUAAUAGAGAACAAUGGAAUGAUGAUGGAGGGGUCAGAAGACGUGGUGAUGGAUGGGACACAAGUGGUGAUGGAAACCCCUCAGGUUGUCAGUUCCCAAGUGAUGAUUGAAGGGUCACAAGUCAUGAUGGAGGAGGGAGAUGGCACAGAGUUUGGAGCCUCUGUUUUGAAUCCACCCCACCAUGGCACAGUGACAGAAGCCAUUGUAGAUCCAGUUUCAGUGAAGGAGGAGGACUUGGAAAAUGGACAGUAUGCUCACAAUCAGCCAAUACUUGGCCUGGAGCAGCCCAAUGUCCAUGAGGAUGUCAUGGGCACAGGGACUCUGGAAGAUAACCAGGAAGGAGAAAUUCUCCUGAGGAACCUGGUGAAUGAGACCUUUCACUCCUCAGCUGGUGCUGCUCAUCCCCAUGACAAUAUCAUUGUUACAACUAGCACAAUCACCACUGAUCCCAUGCACACGAUCCAGCAGCCCCUCCAGCAAGCAAAUAUGAUAACAGGAACAGGAAGUGAUGCAACUAGCAUGACAGAUAUUUCAAAUAGUAUUCCACCAGCAACAACCCCAACUAAAAUAGUGAUACAAACUAAUCAAGGAUCCCCAGUGAAGCCUAAUGCCGGACAUUUCCUUAUACAAGUGGGUGGCAACCCAGUUGCUGUGAGCCAGCCUCAGGUUGUCACUGUGGGAAACAAAAAGCACAUCAUCAUCCGUGCAGGCACCAAUCAGACGGCACAGCAGGUGAUUCCCAGCCAGGAAGAGGUUGAGGCAGCGGCCCAAAGUGGUGUCUUCCGUGUGAUAAUACCUGAAGGAACGACUAAGUAUACAAAGGGUCUGACUGUGCCUGUUGGCCAGAACGAACCAGUGAGAAAGCAUGUACAAAUUAAUCUUUCCGAUGGAACUUUGAAAAAACAGUCAAGGUAUGUGACCCACACUUCACAAACACAAGGAAAUUAUGAGGAAGACUUUGCAUCAGGGAGUGAUGCCAAGAGGUUUUAUGAGUGUCCAACAUGCAAUAGUAAAUUCAUGCGGCCUCUCUACUUGAGAAAGCACAUGCGAAGUUGUAAAAAGGAAGAGGUGAAAGUAGAAAAGGCUCCCUUAUACAUGUGUUCUUUCUGCAAGAUGACGUUCAAGACAAAACCUCAGAUCUCCCAGCAUUUUUUGAAGUGUUUCCAUAGCCCGUAUGGCAAAAAAGCUUCUGCAGUCAAGAGGAAAAAUGAGGAGAAAGAGGCAGAACCAACACCGGCCAAGCGAGGGAAGGUGGAGACAGUUGAUCUGGAUCCCUCUCUGGAACAAGCAGUGCAAUUCAGAUGUCAGGACUGUGAUCGCACCUUCAACAAAGAGCGCCAGUACAGCAGCCACAUCAAGAAAUGUACUAAAGUGUCUGUCCAUGAUCUGUCUGGAGCCAGACAGGAGAUUGGUGGAGCUGAAGAGGAAGAGGAAGAGCCAGAACCCCAAGAAGACCCCUUUGCAGACCCAGACCCACUCCCUGCCCCAGCUAGAAGAGGGAGAGGACCAGGGAGAAGAGGGAGACCACCGGGAAGGGGGAGUCACACUACCUCAAGAGUGGGAGCAAGAAAUUCUGCCCAGCUUUUUGAUGGGACUCCUCCAGUACCAGCCUCCAAAGGCCUCUUAGUGGCAGACAAUGAGGGAUUAGUCCGCAGCACAACUGGCCUAGCCCACACAGUACAACUUAGCCUUGAAACUGCUAGCCAAGAAGGGGAACCACAGCCUACUGCCUUAGUUGCGGAUUCCAAGGGUGUAAGAGGAAGAGAGAAGCCUCCUCAGGCCUGGUCUCUGGUAUGUGCCCUCUGUCAGAAAAUGUUCAUAACCAAGGCAGCAUUGGCACAUCACGUUAUGACUGAACAUGGACCUGACCUCGAGCAUAUGCGAAAUAUACUUGAUGGAAAAUCAACAGACAACCAACCCUUGUUCAGAUGCCCAGUUUGCAGUCUUAAUUAUCAGACAGAAGACCAGUUUAUUGAGCAUAUGGUCCUCCAGCACACUACUCGCCUCCAGGAAACAUAUACACGCCUCCAGGGACAGACUGCAAACUUCGUGUGUUCCCUCUGCUCAUUAGUCCUGCUCACUAAGAACCUCUUAGUAGAACAUAUGAGUCUUGUCCAUCUAGAGGAGUUGGAGAAACUGGCCCAGGGAGACACACAUGUAGAAAUGCUGUCAAAGGCCUCUGGCAGCCAAGGAACCUCAACUAAGGACUCACAAAGCCAGUCUUCGUUGCCACAACAGGAGGGACAAAGUUUAAAAGAGACAGUGCAAGAACCCAUCAAAGCAGAGCAGCCAGAGGAGCCCCUUGAGUGUGGGUUCUGUGGAGAAGAAAUCACCAACCAAGUGGACAUGGUGGAACACUACAUUGAGUCACACGGCGUUGAGACAGAUGAAGAUGGCUGCCUGAUGGACUUGGGGAUAGACGUUGAUGUCCGAGUGAAAGACACAAAGAGCCUGCUGCAGUUGGCAGAUGGUCGUGUGGACGACAAUGUUCCAGAGAAAACCGUCCUUAUACGGAAGAAACCAAGACAGAGCUGGCAGUGCAAGGAGUGUCAACAAGUAUUCCCCAAGCAUUUCGACUUUUUGCGGCAUGUUAGGGAAGUUUGCACAGAGGUGAGCCAGUCAAAUAAGUCCACUGUGUCAAGAGGAGGAAAUUUCAAAUGCCAAGAGCCAGGGUGUAGUCACUUGUCUUUCUACCAGGUAAAACUCCUGUUCAAGCACAUGGAAGAGGUUCAUAAAGUUGUCGUCCCAAGAGAAUUCAAAACAUUCAAGAGCCUGGCCAUGUUUUACCAGUGGCUUACCCUGGAGGAGAAGAAGUACAAUGUCCGAUACAUUCGGGACACCACUCGCAUUGAGAAGAAUGAUGUGAAACUUAUACAAAUGGUGUGCCAUAGAUUCCAUACUGCAAAGAUUGAUCAGUCAAGAGAAAAAAAGGAAGGUGAGGUGGAGGGAGAAUCUCCAAGCAAACUAAAAAGACGAUGGUUUGUCCGCAUACAAAGAUCUAGCAACUGUCAUGCUCGUAUCCACUUGAAAGUGCAUUACAAUCCAGUCACUCAGGACUACGAUGCUGAGACACAGAUGGUGUACUACCCUCAGCACACUCACAAUGAAGUAGACCAUCCACAGGAUAUCAUGAACAGAAUUAUGGAGAGACACUCUAGAGAUAAAUCCAAUUACCUCUCCAGAAAUGGCAACAGAAAGCGUCUCAAGCAAAUAGUGCAGACUUCUACAUCCAGUGAAACACUAGGCAAAGUCAGAACCUCAGCAGUGGGUGAGGGAGAUGAGAGGCAUCAGAGAGAAGAGGAGGCAGAAGGACAGCCAGUGAUGAUAGCAGGAUCAUUGAAAUUGGAGGAAGGAGGUACACUUACUGUUGAUCAGUACAUGAAGGAGUUUUGCCAGACGCAGUUAGAAGGGGAAGUAGAGGGAUCAACAGGGAUGGCAGUCUCUGCAGCAAGCAGUGCCUCAGGAACAUCAUCCACAUCUAUGCAAGCUGGAAGACAACCUGGCACUACUACUUCUGUCCUCAUGGAAGGCCAUGACACGAGUCUAGGAACUCCAUCAAUGUUUGUAGAUGGCACGAAUGAGGGAGGGUCAGCAGUGCUGGUGGAGAGUGGUGAGACAGGAACUUAUGUAGUGCAGGAUGGAAUGAUGAUGAAUGUUUCUCAGGGGGAGUCACCUCAAAAGGAAGAUGGCACAGAGGAAUAUGUCCUGCCAGCUGAUGAAGCAGAAUGGACCAAGCUAUUUGAGGUUUUAAGACUCAGACUCAUGACAGCUGAGCUCAGCAGUCAGGAGAAAGUUGAGGGGGAGGGUCUCCUGACGUAUCAAAAUGUAAUAUCAUAUUUACCAUUGUCAGAACAGGUCACAAUAUUCCAACAACUUUGCUUACUAACUAACACUGCUAUUGAAACUGCAGACUAGAUUAAACUUCCAUUUUGUUAACUUGGUUGCCAGUAUGUAUUUAUAAAUAUAACAUAACCUUAAUUUAUCAGAUACAUUUGUUAGGCUCAAAAUUAUGUCAUUUUUGACGAGAAUUCACUCUAUCACAGAAAAAAAUAAUGCAUAUGACCAAUCAAGUCAGGUGAUCAAUGAUUUGAGUAAUCUAAUGUGUAAUACAUUAAAACCUUUGUAUCACUUAUAAUAGGCAGCACAAACUUGAAUAUAUUACAUGCACAAUAUCUUAAACCAUUUAGUUUUUCAUGUUUUAAUUGUUUUAUUUAAUUUUAUUGUUUUCUCUGUUCAGUUAAUAAGUCUUGAAGUAUUGAUUAAGAGCUGUCAGAUUACAAGCUGGCUACAAAAUUUGUAAAUAAACUAUAUAGUAUUUUUAUAUCCAAUUGCCUGAAGAUUGUAAAUCAAAAGGUUGAAGAGAAUGAGUAAAGUAUGAGGUGAAUUUUGCAUUUGUUAUAUACUCUCAGCUAUAGACAUUGUCUACCAGCCUUGACACAUGUAUAGUAAUGUCCACAGAGAAGGGUUGCAUAAUAGACGGAAAGCCAUAUUUGAGUCUGCCUGCUGCUACUUUGCUCCCCCGGUUAAAUUAUUGUAUAGUUAUUGUUUUAAUCAAUAUAUUCACCAUUGCCAUGUCAACAUUAUUGCAGAAUAUGUUUAAGAAAAGGAAGCAUUUAAAAAGUGUCUUAUUUGUUUACUUGACUAUUAUCCAAAUUCAUUGUGGAUGAAGAGUUUAACUACAUUUCUUUCAGCCAUAGUGGUUUAGCCUUUCUAGAUGGUUGGUAUCAACUUCUAAAAUCAAUCUUUAGAACUUAUUUUUAUUUUUAUUUUUUGUUUUAUUUUUUAUAGUUCCUUUUGAGAAAAUGACAUGCCAUUUAUAUAAGUUUUUUAUAUAUAUAAUUAAUUAUUUUUUACUGAUUGUAGCAUACCCAUUAUAAUUCAAUUUAUAUUUCUCAGUCAAUUUCUCAAAUAUCUGGCAACAGAAGUUCAACCAGGUGCAUUUGUUCUCUUAUUCAUACAUAGAUUGCAAGUAACACAGAAAGAACAUUUACUUUCUCCCUGUUUCCUAAGUGCUAUUUGUCACCCUUUGAGGGGAAGAGAUGGAGUCCCAGUGAAUCAGAGUACCUGAUAUCCGUGCUCUUGUAUUCCACUUACUAAGCUGCUUGCUUGGUGAAUUUUGUGUAUAGUUGUAAAGACACAAAUCUAUUUGCCUGUCAAGUACCUGCAAAGAAUUAUUGAAUCCUGAAA